GCGUGAUGUUGCUAGAAAGUGUUAAAUAAACCGAGCGAUCAGCAUGCCUGCUCGCAUGCCGCUGACCACGGUGUUUGAAACGCGAGGAGUGCCGAGGCUUUAUCGUCGCAUAUCCAAGUAACUAGCCCGACAUACCAUGACCAUGUCAUCCAAAAGAGUGCAGUUUGAUGAGAUGGAGGAUGAGCUACUUGGAAAGGAACCACUGGGGGAAGGCGUUAAGAAAAAGUUUAAAAACUCCUUAGACAGUGAUGAAGAGGAUGAUGAAGUUGAAGACAAGAAGUACAACUUGCUUAACCCAGAUGAUGUAGAAGGACAGGAAGACAAAACUAUUGAGUAUGAUGGAAACAUCAAAAUCACUCCAUUCAACAUGGAAGAUGAAAUGGAGGAUGGUCAUUUUGACAAAGAUGGCAUGUUCAUCUUCGAUAGAGAGAAACCAGAGAUACGUGACAAUUGGCUCGACAACAUUGAUUGGGUCAAGGUGCAGCCUUCGAAACAAGCAGUAGAGGAUAGCAGAGGCUCAGACGACUCUGAAGAUGAGGAAAGUGUGGAUGCACUAGCACUUUAUGGAGAGAUGCUGGAGAUCAUGCAGCCUGGUGAGACUGUCCUGUCUUGCAUCAAACGCCUCGGAGGAGGGAAGCGAGAUUCGACAAUAAACCGCUGGAAGAAGAAGAAACAGGAGCCAAGUGAGCCAGACAGCACCAAGGAUGUUGCGCCAAAGGAGCACCUCCUGCGGAUGACGGAGCUAGCUGACCGACUAGUGUCAACUGGUGACAUGGACAUUUACCAGCAGACAUACGAGCGGCUCAAAUUCUUGCGAGAACACAAACAGCAGGCCAAAGAGGCCAAAGCGACAACUACAGCUGUAGAGGGGUCUUCCUUCGACAUGUUUGCAGAUGAUGUCGACAGCACGAAAGCUACUGAGCCAUUACCUGUCAAAGAUGAGAAAACAGGAGCUGAAAACAAGAGCGAUGAUGCAGAACCAGUGAGCUCAUCGAUAGGCGAGGAUGAAGUGAUGUGGGAAUUCAAGUGGGAGGAGUCAGAUGACGCACCAGUGUACGGAUUGCACACAUCGGCUCAGAUGCUGCAGUGGGUGCAGGAGGGAUACUUUCAAGAUGGCGUCUGGGUCCGCAAAGCACACGAAACCGAUCGUCCAUUUUAUAGCUCAAGACGAAUCGACUUUGACCUCUACGUGUGAAGCCAUCUCUUGCAGAACAAUCCGUUGACCGACAAGCAGAAUGCAUUGUGUGUCUUUUGCAGUUGUUUUUAAGUGUUUCUGUUGAACAGACAUAGUCAAUAUAGUCACUGUACAAGUGAGAAUAUGAGCCUGAAUAAGAGAAGGCUUGCUGUGCUCGUUGGGGAGUCGCACAACUGUGACGUUCUGGAAAUGAAAUGUUGUGGUUCGGCAGACACCUCUAUGCAGAAGCAUCCAAAGCUUUUGCGCUGCAUUUUCUGUUCAGCACUGUUGCCUAUUGAUAUGUGGAAAGCACCAAUACAUACUUGGCAUGACGCCAUUGUUAGUGCACCAUGGAGAGGUGCCCCUUGCUCUUUUUUGUUGUUUGAUAACCACUGCACGUUGUUCUGUGUCCUCCUACUGGGUGAAACAUAUGCACAUUUCCUUCACUUGUAAUGUUGCUAUGCCUGUGGUAGUUUUGUGAGAAAGAGUUGGAAUGAAAGGACAGAAAUCAUUGCCCUUGUACCAUUGCUUUACAUAUGUUCUAACAACAGGCAUCUGCAUGCACAGAUGUACCAAUUAUGAUUUGGCAUUUUGCUGGAUGUGGUUGGAACCGUACAAGUUGUAUAUACUACUAUCUUUGCAAUAGAAAUGCUGACACACAAGUUGUCUUGAAGUUGGCAAGUGUGAUGGACAUUUGGUAUGAUCAUGUCAUUGUUUUUUAACUUCUAAUGUCACUUCUCUUUAAUAAUACAGUAUUUUAGCAACCUUAUAAGCUAGCAGAUGCAUAGCAUGAGGGGAAGCAUGACUCCUAAUUGUCCGAAAUUUGUAAUGUUUGUCUUUGCUGUACUCUGUGGUGCUCUGACCAUCAUUGACACUCGUCUUGUUAAAAUGCACUCGUUUGUGACUUCCAUAUGUAAAGCUGUUGUCAACUAAAUUUAAUCUGAGCUGAUUCCUUAGUGAUGUCAUGAGAAGUUGUCGUUUCAUGUGGCAUUGUGCUAAGCAAUGUAUUAACGUAGGAGAAAUGGUUGGUGUCUUGUACGCUUUCAAGUUGUUUUUGUUAUGUUUUCUCAGUGUGGUCCCAAUGUCUGGUGAUGCGUAAUGAAAGCACAUACAUUAUUCAAAGCAUUUUCUGACUGAGGAAGGAGAGCAGCAGCGUAAGUGGCGGUGUGCAUGAGCUAUGUUGGAUGUUAAAAUAUAAUUGCUUUAGUGCCCAAGCUUAGUUUUGUAAAGCUUCGCGCUAAUGAAUGUGUCAUGUCCCAAGGACGCCGCUGGAUACAAAUAAAAGCAGUGCACAUCUUA